UAUGCUACCAAUGACAGCUUCGACCACCAAAGUGGAUCGGCAAGGGAGGUUGAGUUGACUUUGAGCUUCCUUCAUCAGGUCGAUCGGCGUUCGUCCACGUCCAGCUGCAGCUGCAAUACGAUCAAGAAGGGAGGAGCUAGCUGCGAUGGUGAAGGACACCGCGUACUACGAUACCUUGGGGGUCAGCACCGACACCUCCGCGGCCGAGAUGAAGAAGGCGUAUUACGUCAAGGCCAGGUGGGUUCAUCCAGACAAGAAUCCCGGGGACCCUGAUGCCGCGCGCGAGUUUCAGGAAUUAGGUGAGGCCUAUCAAGUCCUAUGUGAUCCAGUGAAAAGGGAUUCUUAUGAUAGCAGUGGAAAAGAAGGUUUAUCCCAGGAUAAUAUGAUUGAUCCAGCUGCUGUCUUUUCGAUGCUUUUUGGGAGGCUCAAUUUUGAAGAUUAUGUUGGUCAGCUUGCCGCACUGGCAUCCGCCGAGGCUGCAGGGAGAAAACUAGAACAAGACUUUGAGCUUCCCGACUUGACUUGCACCCCCACACCCACCGAUGUGGAGCUGGUGCAGGACUACCUCCGCCCAGCAAUCCAACGCUUGCCGACGAAACGCUCCCUUUGGGAUUUGUGCUCUGGUCCUCAUCCGCUUGUUAACCCUGACCUCCCUUUCAUGGGCCCGUGGGAACUCCCUGGGAUGAUUGCGCGCAACAAGUACUACCUCACGGAUCAUGAUGCUCUGGCGUCCUGCUUCGAAUUAGGUGGAUUCCGUGAACUCCAUACACCAUAUGGGAUUUGGAAAGUAAAGACAAGCGACAUGGCGAUCCGCGUUCAACACAAUGAAGUUCCACCCGUACACAUACACGCGUUCAACGGACUUGUCGGGGUCAAGAGGACUAUGAAGUUCCACCCGUACACAUACACGGGCAUCAACACCAACUGGACCAUGAACGUCUACUUUUCGUUGAACGGAUUUACCAUGGACGAUGGUUUAGUCCUGUGCCAUGUAUUCGAGACAGACUCUGCUCCCGAGUACGACGACAGCCCCAAAUGCCUCGGAUGCCAUCCAGGAGCAUGCAGUGGAUACCACAAUGGUCAAGCAUUCGGAGCUCCAAGCAACGCUUCAUUCAAUUCAACAUAUCUAGGAUCCAGGCCAAUGCACCAUCAUGACACAGAACGCCGUCCGGACCCAAGAUUAUCCUCUUUCAUGGCACAUCUUGAGAACCUCUUGCUUGGUGACCCUGAUCCUGACAACUCCGCAGAUGCUGGAAACUCUAGUGCAAGAACAGGCGUCCCUCCAACAGCUGAUCAUGGACAGUCGAAAAAGCGCAAGAAGAUCUCAGAUGUUUGGGAUUACUUCACCAAGAUAUUUGCAUGCGACAUCAACGGGAAAGUUUUGACAUUUGCGGCUUGCAACCACUGCUGCAAGGUACUGACAGCCAGCUCCAAGGGUGGGACAACACACCUUGCAAGGCACGCGUGCCCGUGCAAGUUCAAACCAGUAGCAGCUGGCAGAAAUGUCAAGGAUUAAACAUACCUUAUGAAACUAUCGGGAGAGCUCCUUAUUCCUUGCAAUCAUCAUUAACGAUGAAACACGAACAAAAUCGUUAUACCUAGCUAAAAGACAUUAAAGAAAAGCGCUUGUUGGAAGGCAACCCAAUAUUUAUCCUUUUUUAUUUUUUUUUGUCUUUACAUGGUUAGUACUACUAUUCUAAGCAA